GGCUCCUCUCCGGCCCGCCGCCCGGUGCCGGUUCCUGUGCCCGUUCCCGCUUCACAUCCCUGUGUUCCCUCGUAGGCCCGCUGCCCGCGGCGCGUCCCCGGCACGAUGUCUCGAAGAUAUGACUCCAGAACUACCAUAUUUUCUCCUGAAGGUCGCCUGUACCAGGUGGAAUAUGCCAUGGAAGCCAUUGGGCACGCGGGCACUUGCCUGGGAAUUCUGGCAAACGAUGGAGUCCUGCUGGCAGCAGAGAGACGCAACAUCCACAAGCUGCUCGAUGAAGUGUUUUUCUCAGAGAAAAUAUACAAACUUAAUGAGGACAUGGCUUGCAGCGUUGCAGGAAUUACUUCAGAUGCCAAUGUUCUCACCAACGAGCUGCGGCUGAUUGCUCAGAGGUAUUUGUUACAAUAUCAAGAGCCCAUUCCUUGUGAGCAACUAGUAACAGCACUGUGUGAUAUCAAGCAGGCCUACACACAGUUUGGAGGAAAACGUCCUUUUGGUGUGUCGUUGCUCUAUAUUGGCUGGGAUAAGCAUUAUGGAUUUCAGCUGUAUCAAAGUGAUCCUAGUGGAAAUUAUGGAGGCUGGAAAGCUACGUGCAUUGGGAAUAACAGCGCUGCAGCUGUGUCAAUGCUAAAGCAGGACUACAAAGAAGGAGAAAUGACCUUAAAGACUGCACUGGCAUUGGCCAUCAAGGUCCUGAACAAAACCAUGGAUGUUAGCAAGCUCUCUGCAGAGAAAGUUGAAAUUGCAACACUGACAAGAGAGAACGGAAAGACAGUGAUAAGGGUUCUGAAGCAAAAGGAGGUGGAGCAGUUGAUUAAACAACAUGAGGAGGAGGAAGCAAAAGCUGAACGUGAAAAGAAGGAAAAGGAACAAAAAGAGAAGGAUAAAUAGAGUAUGAAAUCAAGUGUUCUCUAGAUAAUAAAGGACCUGCUUCAGUAAAAGGUAAUCUGGAUUUCUGUCUGGUAGAAGCCAUGGAGGACCCAGAAUUACUUUUGAUGAACCAGGUCCUUAAUCAUCAUUUAGAUAAUUAGUUUACUGCUCCUUACAUUGACCAAUAAUUGCUUUAAUUCUUGAACACACUAUUUCUUUCAUCUUCUAUUUUUUAUUAUGGAAUAAAAUUUAAGAAGAAUAGCGAUGGGUGUCUUUAUUUCCUUAGUAAUGCCUGGAUAUGCACAAUCUUGAGGAAUUUAUUCGCUUUAAACCAUUAAAACAAGGUGUAUGCUAGUUGGUAAAGAACAAAUAUGGUGUUAGAAUUGUUAGAAUUUUGUGUGUAUGUGUGGGUUUUCCUUUUAAGGUAGUGAAAAGAGCUCCAUAGUUUCAGAAGUCAUUUCACAAAUACAGAAUUAAAGUGUGCUGGCAUGCCAAGUUUUAGUUUUGGCCUAUUUUGUUCUAUAACAGGCUCUGUCAAACUGAUGGUCUUGCAAGCAGUAGUGUUUUAAAAAUGCCCUGUAGCAAAUGUGUUCAGUUUAUCAUAGCCUUCACCAGUGCAUGUGUUUUCUAAGAAAUUAAUCAUACAACACGAGCUGUAUUCACACACAAACUAGAAAGACAUUUUACAAAGGCCAUGUGAAAAUGUUAAUCUAUCUUGUCAGAAUAAAAAUAGGUAAAUAAAAGAGUGCAUGAUUUUAGGCCAUGUUGACUAUUUCACAUUUUAUCCUGAAAGAAAGUUGAGAUGUUUUAUGUUUACCUUAGUGUUGCUGAUACUUCCCCAGAGAAUUUGGUUCCUUUUUCUGGCACAGCAGCCUUAAAAAAUACCAGUUAACAACCUGAGAAAUCAUAAUGUUUGUGCAUGAAUUAGAAAUUAUUAUAAUUUUUGUCCAGCUUGCCCCUGUACUGAAUGCAAGGAAGUGUACUUGCCAGAUAAGCAAAAAUCUCUUUUGAAAAAAAAAAUAGAGGAAAUGAAAACAAGUUAUUGAAAAUUCCUGUGCACCCUUUCAGAUCUCAAAAGCAAAGUGAAAAGCUCAAGUGACCUGCUUAAAUGUGAGGCCUUACUUGCUGAAUUUCCAGGUGUGACACUGGUGACCCAGCCCCUUUGUGCCCCCCCUGGAUUGUAUCGAUCCUGUAGCUUGGUUGGUUGGUUGGUUUGGUUUGGUGGCAGUUUCACCCCAAAGGUUGUGUGGUGUAUACAGGAGUGAAUAUGACCAUUUAAAGAAGCUGAGUGAA